AUGACGAACAGUCCCGGUAGGACAAAGUCGACGGCCGCGGCAGCAUCGUCGGAGACGUGGCGGCGCAACUCUACAAACAGCUUCGCUGCGCUCAACGCAUUCAUAUUUCUUGUCGUCAUGAGUGUGCAUUGGACAACGAUGAGCCGUGAGCAUGUAGAGCUGCCGAUGGAUCGCGUUGUGGCAGAGCUGCAGGCGAGCUGCUCCGAUCCGGCAGACACCCCUUCCUUGACCCCUUCCAUGCUCCCUCCCGCGUUUUACGGGCUGGCGGUUUGGGUGGACUCUCCGGCGUUGCUGCCAGGCGUGCACGCAGCGCUUGCACUGAUGAAGGAGCGGUUGGCAGGCAGUCUGGGCAGCGCCGCUGCAGCUGUCCCACUCCCGACGCACACACUCUACUCCUCUGUGCGUCUGCAGUCGCGGAUGCGGGACGACGUGGUCACCGCACUCGUUCAGGAAGCGCAGAGUGGACGCUUACCCGGCGCGGAGCGGGUGGCGCGCGAGCUAGAGCACUUGGCAAGCCAACAGCAACUCGGCUUGCCGAUGCUGAAGCAUGCUUUUUUGCCUGAGGUUGGCCAGGAGGUGGAACUGUUUGGCCUGUCGCUCUUUAGCGUGCCGGUGCCUGUGCUGCCAGGGGAUGCAGCUAGUAAGGUGCAGUGCUUCAUCAGUGGCGUGAGGCAAGCGUACUGCGUGCUUCCCGUGGAGGUACCGGAUGCCUCCGACGUGGACCGCGGAGGUGCUGGUGCUGCAGCGUUCAGCAAGACGCAUGUUUUGGCAGCCUCUCUCACACCUUCCUCGUACCGGCUGCGGGCCGCUUCACUGGAGGCCGAGGUCCGAGCAGCGCUCCUCUCUGUCACAACACAGCAGAUCGACUUGGCCUCUUUCAACCCAGCCGACGUGGCGGCGUGGAAGCGGGCUCGGGAGCAUCAGGGGUGUCUGUACACGAUCGCCUCCGUGACGAGCACGUUGCGGUCCAUUGCGGCAAACCCAAACAUGGCUGUUCCACGAAGCACGGAGCGCAUGUUCGCAGACUUGGAGCGCCUCGUGCAGUCCCGCUCCUUCCUGCGAGCUGCGCGGGCCGCCGACGACCUGCAGUUCCACCCAUCGCUCACUCCACAGCUGUACAUUCCGUGGGACCAUGCUGUUGUCUUUCAGUUGAUCGUGCUACUACCGAUAGUGUCUUGCGCGUUGCUGACCGCGCGCUUCGUCGUGGAGGAGCGCCGGCAAAAUCGUGCUCGCGCAAAGGCUGCUGCUGAAGCCAAAGAGGCGAAGAAAAUCCAGGGAGAAGUCCGGGACUCAUUCACAGCGUUGCAGAAAAAAAUGUGUUGA